GACAGGGUUGCCUUUGGUAGGAAGGGGGAGCAAUGCCAGCGGUGGGUUUCUCCAGAGGUCUGUUAUCAGCCCAAGCCAGAAUUCAUCUUCCAGAGUGCUCCCUCCUCCUAGGACGCCCUAGGAGUCCUAGGAGUGAGGGUGUAGGGAUGGUGGUAUCUGUUUCUGUCCCAUAACCAGUGCAUACCUGCAUGAUGGGACAUCGAUUCAGCCAGAUCUCCUACCACAUUUUGUGAGCAGAAGAUAGGCUGAGCUAGGUGCAGUCCCCCCACAACCUCCUCCUGCUACUUGUGAAGUCCCUUUUCAAUCACUGUUUCUCCUGGAUGAAGUACGAGACAGAGCUGUUUCAUCAUUGCAUCGUAAAGGGUUCUGGUGUCAGAGUUGAAAGCAGAUUUUAACCUUGUGUAAAACUAUUUCAAAGACAGUCCCCUGACAUGGGCAGACAAAGGCUUGGCUUGGCUGCUGGAGCUACUGAUCUGCCUUCUCAAGUGCUUUCACCUCCCUGAGAUUGAAGCGCCAUUCUCGGAUGCAUUAGGUUCAGGAUUUUUGAUCUGAAAGGAAGUCAGAUUAGCAGAUCUGAAUCAGAUUGCUGGUGACCCGGGCCCUGCUCUGAGCAUGUCUCCCUGCCUGCUCCAGCAUCAGCUCACCAGGUUUGGGGCUCAUGUAACGGUCCCAGCACUAAGUGCUUUCCCCAUGCUGACGGGCUCCUGGCACUGCAGACCAUGGAGGGCACUGGGCUGGGCUUGCCCUGUGCAGGGUCUCUGCACUAACAUGGCUGUAUUUGAUGCCAACAGGGCCAUCACAGCAGCAGGUUGCGGCGGGAGAGGACUCCAAGUGACUGUGCCCAGCUGGCCUUGCACAGCCCAGGCCAGCACCAUGAGCGCAAACACAGGACCCUCCUCUGCUGGCUGAUGUACUUGCUCAGAUAGUUCCCCCAGCUGAUGGUUGCUUCCCACCAGUGGGAUCCUCUCCUGCUGAUGUAAAUGAGAUCAUCCCUCCAUUUCGGCAUUGGCCUGUGAUACAUAUUUACCUGACUGGCUCUAAAGAUGAUUUAUCCAACCCUCAAUGAAUUCCCCUGACUUACAGAGAAUGGAUGCUUGCUCCCAGGAGACUGGCCCAGGCCCAGAGAGUGCCUUGGAGGAGGUCGGGGUGGCUGAGAUGGCAGCAAUGAGAAAGCAGGUCUCUGGGACAGAGUGUGUACCCGUGGUCUCCUCACAUGGAGGAUGACGGCCAAGAGUAAUGGUCUGCACAGCUCACCGGCCAACCGCCACCCCUGCCAACCCACCCAAGCUCGAGUAGAGGGUGAUGUGGAGAGGACGGGGCUCAGCACCAGGAGGGCCUCCUCAAUGCAGGAUGACACCUCCUCAGAGCUGCAGAGAGGGAGUCCCCCAGAUGGAGGGGAGCAGCUGGCUGCCUCUGCUUUCCGAGGCAGACAAGCCUUGGCCAGGAUAGUCCGGCUGGUGCUGGUGCUGAGGGACUGGGCCAGCAAGAAUUUUCAUGAGGAGCAGCAAAGGCCAGACCCCUUUCUCGAGCGCUUCCAGGGCCCUGAGCUCUGGACAGUGGCUGCAGGUGCUGCCAACGAUCUAGAGGACGAGGAGACCAAGGAGGAAAACAAAAAGAAGAAAUGGCAGAUCUUUGUGGUGGACCCUGCAGGGGACUGGUAUUACCAUUGGCUGGCUGUCAUUGCAGUUCCUGUCCUCUAUAACUGGUGCUUGCUCGUAGCCAGGGCUUGCUUCAGUGACCUGCAAAAGACCUAUGUUGUUCUCUGGCUGGUGUUAGACUACAUCUCAGACUCUAUCUACAUUGGGGACAUAGUGAUCCGCCUGCACACAGGUUUCUUGGAACAGGGCCUCCUGGUUAAGGACCUGAAGAAGUUAUGGGACAACUACAUCCACACCUUACAGUUCAAGCUGGAUGUUCUCUCUAUCCUGCCCACAGACCUGGCAUACUUUGCUGUGGGAUUGCACUGCCCUGAAUUGCGUUUCAACAGGCUGCUGCACUUCUCCCGCAUGUUUGAGUUCUUUGAUAGGACUGAGACCAGAACCAGCCACCCCAACAUCUUCCGCAUCAGCAACUUGGUUCUUUACAUCCUGGUCAUCAUCCACUGGAACGCAUGCAUUUAUUAUGCCAUCUCCAAGGCCAUAGGCUUCGGAGAGGACACCUGGGUCUAUCCCAAUGUCACAGACCCUGAAUAUGGAUAUCUGACUCGGGAGUACAUCUACUGUCUCUACUGGUCUACGUUGACUUUGACUACCAUUGGAGAGACCCCUCCCCCUGUGCGUGAUGAAGAGUAUCUCUUUGUGAUCUUUGAUUUCCUUAUCGGUGUCCUCAUCUUUGCCACCGUUGUGGGGAAUGUGGGAUCCAUGAUAUCCAACAUGAAUGCCACCAGGGCAGAGUUCCAGGCAAAAAUCGAUGCCAUCAAACACUACAUGCAGUCCCGCAAGGUGAGCAAAGACAUGGAAACCAAAGUCAUCAAGUGGUUUGACUACCUGUGGACCAACAAGAAGGCAGUAGAUGAACGGGAAGUCCUCAAGAAUCUCCCUGGUAAGUUAAGGGCAGAGAUUGCCAUCAACGUUCAUCUGGAGACACUGAAGAAGGUGAGGAUUUUCCAGGACUGUGAGGCAGGUCUACUGGUGGAGCUGGUGCUGAAGCUUCACCUUCAGGUGUUUAGCCCAGGGGAUUACAUUUGCCGGAAAGGAGACAUUGGGAAAGAGAUGUACAUCAUCAAGGAGGGCAAGCUGGCCGUGGUGGCGGAUGACGGAAUGACACAGUAUGCUUUGCUCACUGCAGGAGGCUGCUUUGGUGAGAUCAGCAUCCUCAACAUUAAAGGGAGCAAAAUGGGCAACAGGCGCACAGCCAACAUCCGUAGCUUGGGCUACUCUGAUCUUUUCUGCCUGUCAAAGGAAGAUCUUAUGGAAGCAGUCACAGAGUAUCCUGAUGCCAAAAAGGUCUUGGAGGAGCGUGGCCGGGAGAUCCUGAUCAAGGAAGGGCUGCUGGAUGAGUCAGCUGCAGAGGUAAGCACGGAAGGGAAAAGCAUGGAAGAGAAGCUGGACAGGCUGGCCUUGAACCUGGACACACUGCACACCCGCUUUGGCCAGCUCCUGACAGAGUACAAUGAUGCCCAGAUGAAGCUCAAGCAGCGCAUCACUGUUCUGGAGUCCAAGAUGAGGCAGCAGGAUCUGGAGGACUUCUUCUCUGAUAGCUCUGACAGUCUGCUUGAGGAUGAGGAGAAAGCUUUACCUGGUGGGACGCAAUGAGGGGGUGCAGAGGUCAGCUAGAUGAUGUCUGGCCUUGUGCUGAGACAGUGUUUGCUAUUUCACAAGGCAGAUCCUCUGGCUGCCUUGCUGGGGACUUCUCUCAGGUCCUUAGCAUUGCUGCUGCCACUGCCUUGAUGGCAGCUCCUGAGAUGGCUCCAAAUCAGGUGAUUGUCCUAGCUCCUCCUCUGACCUGUCCCUUUUCUUGGUGCCUUGAUUUGAGACCUUGGACUUGGAUCACUAAAAAAAAAGGAGAAUGACUAAUGCUACUGCUAACAUUUCCUUCCAGCUUCUGCAAAAGGUCUGUGCCCAUCACACCUCCUCCCUCCUAUUGCUUUAAUAGAAGGUGAGACAUGAACCCUGUAUGGAGGGGUACCUGGACAUGCUGACCUCCCAUGUAUGUUGAGAAAAUGCAGAGUCAUGGUGGACAGAGCCUGCCAUAUGCCAUCUACCCAGCUGUCCUGGUUCUGGCAAGGAUAGAGUUAAUUUCACUAGGAGCCAGGACAGGUGAGCCAAGCUGGCCGGGGGCUAUUCCAUACCAUGUGACAUCAUGCUCACCAUAAAA